AUGAAGUUCAGCUUAACCGUCAUGCUCCUCCUCCUCGCCCCACUUGCCCCACUCACAGUCUCUGCCGGCAGACACGCCUCUCGGGAUUGCAACCGACAGUGCGGUGACUGCCAUCCCGAACAGAUCCCUUGUCCCAAUGGGGCCCCGGCAAACCAAUCGUCCUGCGACGGCCAGCCGUGCUGGCAGUGUUGCAAUUGUUGGACAAGAAAGUUUGAGAAAUCAUAUGUCAGGAAAACCCGGGUCUUGUUCGGUCAAAAGAUCGCGAAGCUUAAUAUGUCCGUUAACAUGAGUGGCAAAGAUGACAGAGGUCAGGAGUACUUGAAUAGAAAACCCCCGGCCCUGUCAAUGCCCUCUUCACUAUCCACACGACAAGAGUUCACUGACGACCAGGCCCAGCGUGAUCAGGAUCCUAUUCCUACAUAUCCAUUGUCAGCGCGUGAGGUAGGAUGUCUUUGGACAUGGGGGUUGAGAGGAAGAGUCGUUGACAUUGUCGUGAGAAAUUUUGAAUUCGUCUCUUUGCUGUUGUCCACGACGUGCAAACGUCUACGGCGCGACGAUCACGACAAAAUUCGUCGUUUCGUUUCCAGAUUUUACGGUGUCUUGGACAUCUUGAAGUUGCAAACCUUGUAUCGGAAUCACUUCCCGUACACAGAUCUUUCUCUUGACAUUGAGGGUACCCGCAACAUAAAAUUCAACGAAUAUGGGUUUUCGCGCAACGAUGGAGCCGCAAAUGAUGUCAAGAUUGAAGUAGCCUGCGGACCUCGAAAAGCUAUCGGAGCCGAUGCAAAGCCGCUGUGUCCUGAACCUGAUGUGAGUUUUUCAGCCAUAGAUCACGGCGAGUCAGAUAAAUUGACUUUCCUCCCAGCUACUCUUGCCGCGGCUGCAGAAACUCAGAACGAUCGUGGAGCGGCUGCAGCCCAUGUUGGACCUCUUGGUCUUGAUGGAUCCCUCGAACCCAAAUCAAACCCUUCCUAUGGCCAGGGUUACGAGCGGACCAGCCUCGGUAUCAUGAUGACGCCUACCAGAAAUUCGACGGCUAGUGCCAUCUUCCUCCUCGUUCACAGAAUGCCUGGCGCACAUGAUGUUAAUGACCGCAGAAGCACCGAAGGAAAGGUGGUUACGAUUCUCGCCGACGAUGGUCCCUCACCCCAAGUUGUUACUUCUUUCACGAGGAGAAUGCCCAGACUGAGGCUGUUUUCAUCCGUCAAGGACGUUCUUCCAUUUGCUCUUCACCUCUUCCUGACUAUCUUUUCCGUUAUUGCGGUUCUAUUCCUUAUCAACCCGGCGGAUGCAGAUCUGGUUUACAACCUCAACCAUCGUCGACCACAUUUUAUCGACCUCCAUGGUGUGACGAGGGUAGCCAGCAAUCGGAACAUCCAACUCCUCCAAUCCGACAUAACAACCGUGAUCGCACUCCUAGCAAACGCAACGCGCGCAGCAGCUGCGUGGUGGGCUGGCAAACUUCUCUGGCGCUGUGCCUUCAUGUUUAUGGAGAAAAGUGAAAUAACCUUGGCUGGUUUUUCCAAAGUCAUCUCAGGUGGAAUAACGGCGAUGCUAUCACCCAGUCAUGUUUCGAGCCGAAGGAACUGGUUGCUCGUAUACGCCAUCAUUUUCAUCUGUUUCGUGAUGGAUUAUUUCUCUGCCAUUCUGACGGGAUCCAUUACGUGGCAACCUGCGUUUACUUUGGUAGAUGGGGUCGUGCCACUUACGAAUCUCCCAGAGGGGGUUCCUGGGUCGGAUAUAUCGUUUUAUCGAAAUCAACUGUUAGCUUUACAAGUCAUCGAACUUGCGGCUACUUUGGCUGUGGUUUCGUGGGGGGUCACCAAUACGAAUUCAUCAAAUCUCCCACUGCCAUCCAACCUCACCCGACGCGCUAUCAUGCAAGCAGUAAACUUGCACCUUCCGCCCAACCUUACACUAGAGACGAUUCUACUUCCUUACUUCACAGUGGAAAACUUUGAAUACAUCACAGAUCCCGAAUCGACUCUUUCGUCGCAACAGUGGUCCUUGCUCAACGAUUCCAGCCCUUUCAAUCCUUACCUUCUGGGUGGGGGAUUCGCCGCGCUUUUUCCCGACGGUAGCUGGGGCCCGGGUUCUAGUACCAACUUACCGUCUCCCGUGAAUGUUACAGAAUCCCGAAUUCUUGGCAUUCAAGUCGAGAACCCUUUCACCCCAAGUUGUAGUCCUCUUCCCAAAUCCAUGGUGCCACAGAAUGUCACUCCCUAUCUCACCUCUAUUAUCAAUUUCCCCCUAUAUUCAUGCUUCAUAUUCGCAAAUAUGACCUAUACAGCAAGUGCCGCGGUUUGCCGAGACUGCAAGAUCGUUUCUCCUACCGUUGUUCAGGGCCAUAUGGGCUCUGUGCAUCCCAUUGCAGAUUCUCUCACCAUUGAGGCCUUAGCGAUAACACCCUCAGUCACGACACACAUACUUUACAACGCCUAUGCCGAUCCUGUUCCCGACGACUCUUCUACCAUUCAAGACCUUGCCAUUGAGUUUGUUUCGCGAUCAUAUCAGUCUGCAUGGUCAGCGCUCGCAUACGUACUUGGUGAUGUUGCUCAGCAUAACCAGACAAGUGUCUUGAUCGCCGUCCCCGCCUCUCACCCUAGUCUCGUUUUAUGGAGGGUCUAUUUUUGGGCUGGGUUGCACCUCGCGGUUCUACUUGGCGGUAUCGCCUUCGUUUACUUUCAGAGCCGUUUCCACCACCCGUGGAUUUCGCAUCCUAUGACAGCAGCGUUCCUGCUUGACACGACGGGCAUCUUCAAAGAAGGUGGAGCGGCCAACGCAAUGGAUCCAUGGAAUCCCGAUGCAAAGUAUCCAGCUGGAAAACUCAAGUUGAAUGAUUAUGACCCUACUCGACCUGGGCAAGCUAGAACCGUGGUCUUGGUGCCAACGAGGAACACACACCUUUCGAGUCCCAAACCAGCUGGCGGGGAGUCUGAUGUGCUCUUCAGACAAUUCGCGUAA